AUCUAUGACCCAGGUUAAGCUUGAACCACAUGGAUAAAAUGUUAUGGUUCGUAUGGUUCUACAUCAUGCAUACCGGUUGACACGUGUUUGUCGAGAUUGACUACACGGAGCUAAACAUGCUGAGCCUGCUAACAGAAUAUAGCUUCACUUGCGUUAACCAGGUAAUAACGUGAGUGUACUGCAACGUUAGCUAACCUACGCCGUAGGGCCCACAUACUUCAACACCGGUCUGUCAACAUUUUACGAGCAAGCAUGAGCAGCCUGGAUCAACACCAGCAUCUCCAUCCUAGUUGCCCUGACAAAACAACAGUCUCCAGUGGUUCAUCAGACACCCAUGAGCUAGCCAAGGAGCCUCUUCAAGGUCUAAAAUUGGCAUCACAUGCAGUUCUGGAGAAGGCGAAGGAGAGGGGCAGGUUAUUAUGCUCUAAAUGUGGAGGAUCAAGGAUGUUCUUCUGCUACACAUGCUGCUCAUUACUUGGUGUCAGCCAUCAAGAAAUCCCUGUGAUCAAGCUUCCUCUGAAGAUAGAUAUCAUCAAGCAUCCCAAUGAGACGGAUGGCAAGAGCACUGCAAUCCAUGCCAAGAUUCUUGCACCCAGCGACGUCAACAUAUACACCUACCCCUGCAUACCUGACUAUGAAAAGAACAAGGUGGUGUUGGUGUUCCCGGGUCCAGGGGCUGUCUCAGUUCUUGACAUGAUCCAGUGUUUGCACGACAUGACCGACAGCAGGUCAUACCGCUCCUCUGGUGAACCCUGCCUAAAGAGGCUGAAAAGUGAGGAAAUAACAGGGGCCACACAUACUGCUGACAGCCUGGGGUCAGGGACCCCAGAUGAAGCAAAGGGCUUGGAGUCCAGGGUGUAUCCCUUACAGAGGGUGGUUUUCAUUGACAGCACAUGGAACCAGACCAACAAGAUCAGCACAGAUGAGAGACUGCAAGAUAUCCUCCGGGUGGAGCUGAAGACGAGGAAAACGUGUUUCUGGCGGAGUCAGAGGGGCAAACCAGACACCUACUUAGCUACUAUCGAGGCUAUUUAUUAUUUUCUCAAGGACUUCCACAAGCAUUGCCUUGCUCAGGAGUACAACGGAGAAUAUGAUAACCUUCUCUUUUUCUACUCCUACCUACACUCAGUUGUCAACAAAUCAAAGCAAGAAAAGAAAGAUCUGCUGGAAAAUGAGAAAGAAGCUGAAGCAGCUAAAAAAGACUUAGGAUCUGUAGCUGAAAGGUAGAUUUACUUGCAAGCCCUUUUGUGGUUUAUUUUAUUUAUUACUGAGUUAUACAUUUUUUUGUAAAUACUAUUUGCUUAGAAAUAUGCAAUAAAACACAAAAGGAUUACAAUUGCAAAACAUGAAUGCUGUGUUUGUUAUACGAGUAAAACAUAACAAAUAGCUCUGUCAUGUAGAUACUACAGUUGCAAUAAACUGGAUUAUAGCAAGCUAUAAAAUCAACAUCAUUUAGGGUAUUUUUAUAAACCACUUGAAUCCAUCAAAUUUAUAGUGAGUAUGGUGCCCUACUUACAUAUAUAAUGUUUUGUGCAAGGAAAUUGACAUCAGAAAUGUUAGAAUACUAUUUAUUUACAAAUCAGUACAAUUUCAUUUGAGUUAUUUAUGUCCCUUAUUUUCUUAAAAAUUAUCUUAUGAAUUUGGCUAUCUUUGUAAUAAAAUCACAUUUGUUGCAGACCCAAUAAAACCAUAAAUAUAUAUCCUGAAAGCUUAUAGUGAAAAUCUGUCAACAGGUCUCUGUACUUCAUAGUUUCUGUCAAUAAUGCUAAGCUAAUGGGGGGUCUUUAGUAGUAGGCCUCUCUGAUCUUUGCUUGCAGGCUGUCACAUGUCUUCUUGGCAUCUCCCAAUAACAUUGAUGUGUUGGGCUUGUAGAAGAUGGGGUUAUCUACUGCGGCAUAGCCCACACCCAAGGU